GACUAUGAAUUGGCCCCGGGGUCGGGCACUGGGAGGCACCUCUGCCAUCAACAGAAUGGUCCAUUUACGUGGAAAUCCCAAAGACUUUGAUGGAUGGGCCCAUUUGGGCGCCAACGGCUGGAACUGGUCUCAAGUGUUCCCAUACUUUUUAAAAUCAGAAAAUGAAACGGAUCCCUCUUUGGCCACAAAUGGCUACCACUCAACAGCCGGACCCCUGACAGUGUCAACGCCUCCAGCGGUGGAACUCAUGACAAAGCAAUGGGUGAUUGCGUCCAACGCUUCCGGUUAUAAAAUAAUUGAUUUAAAUGGCAAACAAAGGAUGGGAACCGGUAUUACACAACGCAAUGUCCGCAACGGUAUGCGACAGUCAUCUUCAGAGGCAUAUCUGUCUCCUAUUUAUAAGCGAAAAAAUCUCCACAUUUUGACCAAUACUUUGGUCACAAGAAUACUAAUCGACAAAAACAAAAGAGCAGUUGGGGUUCAGUUCUGGAGGGAUGGACACAAAUAUGUAGUGAAAGCCAAGAAAGAAGUGAUUAUAUCUGCCGGUGCUGUCAACUCUCCACAACUACUUAUGCUUUCGGGAAUCGGACCCAAAAAGCAUUUGCAAGACUUGAAUAUUGAAAUGAUAGCCGAUCUACCGGUAGGAGACAACCUCCACGACCACCCCCGUGUAUAUGGGGUCCACUUCUUAACCAAUGCAACCUUUGAUAAGAAAAAUCCAGACUUUGAAUCGUUUUCAGAGUAUUUUGUGAAGGGAACGGGACCUCUGACUCGGUCCGAGUACUCGACCACACUUUUCCAGAGCUCUUUUGUCAACCAAACUGAUUGGCCGGACAUUCAGAUGGGUUUUAUGGAGUCGAGUCCGGCGGCCAACAGAGGCAGCGGUAAAGCGACCGGAAUUAGAGACGAUAUUUGGGACCAGUUUUAUAAGCCGUACACAAAUCGUUCGCAAUUCAGUGUUUCUGUCAUAUUAUUAAGACCUAAGAGUAGGGGAACCCUAAGACUAGGGUCAGCCAAACCUUUUGAUAAACCACUACUGAAUCCAAGCUAUUUCGCUGAUCCCGAGGACCUGUCGGUAAUCGCUGAAGGAAUAGCCGAAGCCUAUCGCAUAGCUCUGUCGCCGGCACUCAAACCAUACGGAGUGGAGCCGUUCGAGACAUUGGUUAACGGCUGUGAGUCCUAUCAUAACUUAAACUUCACUCAUCCGCCCAAACAGUAUCUCAAAUGUAUGGCCCAAAUGCUGACCUCCUCGGCCGCCCAUAUAGUGGGCACCUGUAAGAUGGGGGCCGAAAACGAUGAGACCGCUGUAGUCGACCCGCAACUUAGGGUCAGAGGUGUAGCUAAUCUGCGAGUAAUAGACGCGUCGGUUAUGCCGAGUGUGGUGUCGGCCAACACUAAUGCGGCCACAGUUAUGAUCGCUGAAUACGGCUCACAACUCAUCAUUGACUCCAAUACUAAA